AUGCCUCAUUUCCACCGUUGUUUAUCCAUGCUCCCGCUCAUGAUCCUCCUCUUCCAUCUCCCGACAUGGUUUGUCCAUGGAGAGGUCGCCAAUGGUGGCCACCAAGACCUCCCUUUCCUCCUCUCCUUCAAAUCCUACAACAAUGUUGCCGCCCUCGAGACAUGGGUCGGCCCCAACCCAUGCUCCGGCUCAUGGCUCGGGGUUAGGUGCUCCAGGGGCAGGGUCGCGGGCGUCUUCUUGGACGACGCCGCACUGCUGGGCAGCGUGGCUCCUCUCCUUGGUCUCACCCAGAUCAGGGUGCUCGCCGUCAGGAACAACUCCCUGACCGGCACUCUCCCUCCCCUGAACAACUCCACCAGCCCGAGGUUGAGGCACCUGCUGCUCUCCCACAACAAUAUCAGCGGGAGCCUCAAUCUUUCGCUGCCUUCUCUGGUCACUCUCAGGGCAGAGCACAACAGUUUCAGUGGCGGCUUGCAGGAGCUGCGCGUGCCAAUGAUCGCAAGGUUCAACGUGUCCGUUAACAAGCUCGCCGGGGACAUCUCCAGCUCCCUGUCGAGGUUCCCAAGCUCGUCAUUCGGCGGGAAUCUCGAUCUCUGCGGCAAGCCUCUCCCAAGAUGUGUCCAUGCGUACAACAAUGCAGUGCAAUAUAGUGCCUCAAAUGCUACCACUGCCAGUAUCGCUCAAUCUCCUACUGCAGGAACAAACGCAAGUAACAUUGCUAUGGAUUCUUCCAGCAAUGGAAGAUUCAGUAAACUUGGCAUGACUGCGCUCCUGGCCACUGGCAUUGGCAAUGCGGUGCUCGUCACGGUCUCGUUGGCCAUCUCUGUAGCCAUGUUCAUCUACAUCAGAAGGAAGCUGAGAUCCUCCCCAAUGGAAGACGCUACAAAAUCCAAUGCCGCGCUUGGUUUCGAGCAUGAGGAGGAUGACAAGGUCAGGAACGGCGAGGACAAGUGCCAGAAGAGCGGCGCGCUUAUCUGCUUCGAGGGCGGCGAGGAGCUGAGGCUGGAGACCCUCCUCAAGGCCUCGGCCGAGGUGCUCGGCAAGGGCGUGUACGGGAGCACCUACAAGGCGGUCCUCGAGGACGGCAUCGUGGCCGCCGUGAAGCGGCUCAGCGCUCUGCAGUUUCCGGGCCGGAGCAAGGCCUUCGACCGCCACAUGCGGCUCGUCGGCAGGCUCCGCCACCGGCACGUCGUCAGCCUCAGGGGCUACUGCAGCUCCAACGGCGAGCGGCUGCUCGUAUACGACUACCUCCCCAACGGGAGCCUCCAGUCCCUUCUGCAAAUCAAUGGCGGGAGAACGAGAAGCUUGGACUGGGGGACGAGGAAGGGCAUCCUGUUCGACGCGGCGCAGGGACUCAACUACAUCCACACGUUCCCGGCGCGGCCGACGCUGGUGCACGGGAACGUGAAGCCGUCCAACAUCCUCCUCGACGAGCGCGGCGCUGCGUGCGUCUCCGAGUGCGGGCUCAUGCGCUACGCCGUCAACCUCCAGCAGUCCGUCCCGCAGGGCCCCGAGGUGUUCCUGGACCGGGCGGCGGGGAGCGGCGGCGGAUGGCACGGGUACGCGGCGCCGGAGCUGGCGGCGUCGGGCUCGAGGGCGACGCAGGAGUCGGACGUGUACAGCUUCGGUAUGAUGCUUCUCGCGGUGGUGACGGCCAAGGGCGGCGAGGAGGAGGGCGGAGGGGAGGAGACGAUGGGGAUGGUUAGGAUCGGCGUCCUCCGCACUGCCGAGGCGCCGGAGGAGAGGCCCAGGAUGUCGCAGGUGCUCACCAUGAUGAGCGAAUUCAUCUAG